AUGAGUAGAACUAAAUGGCUUGCCGGCCUGGUCGUGGCUGCCUGCUUUGCGAUAUCCAUAUCGCCUGCCGUUGGCAUGAAGAGGUUUGAUCACAUGUUUCAAGAUGGAAUGUCCAAUCUCGUAUAUGUCUACGUUGCUGGAUGCAUAUCGGGAGCCAUACUAGUGCCGUUUUUAACACACGCCCUCAAACGGGGUGCAGCAUAUCUCUUCCUCUCAAAAGAUGAAGGUGAUCAUGAUCUUUACAGACUCGAUCACGGGAUACUUAAUGUUGAGGUGCCUCCCGCGUCAAUGUGGAUGAACAUGGGCUUUUGGGAGCAAACAACGAGUUUCCCAGCUGCUUGCCGUGCUCUUCUUGACGAGGUGCUAAUGGCAGCCGGACUGUUGGGACCAGAUAGGAUGCCGUCUAGUCAGUCGGAUAGUACCAGGUUCAGAGUUAUUGAUCUUGGAUUCGGCUGCGGUGACCAAAGUAUAUAUCUUGCACAGUUGGCACGCAAAAUACGACGAACUGGGGAUAGCGCUACCAAUUCACCUAGGCAUUAUCUUUUAGAUAGCUACGUCGGCUUGACAAUUGUCCCAUCCCAAUUUCGCUUUGCAAAUGAGCGGUUAUAUUCGUCCUCAAAUACAGACGGAAGCAGAGUUAAGUUGUUUUGUGCAGACGCUGCAAAGCCUAGCACUUGGACCAAGGAUAUUCACGAAGCUGCCGCCGAUACGUCACCCAAGGAAGACGGCACAGAUGUUGCCCCCACAACACCUAACCAGGCUACCUGGGUUCUUGCACUCGAUACUCUCUAUCACUUCAUCCCAUCCCGAGAACCCAUCUUCCGCCAUGCCUUUGGAGAAUUAAACGCUUCUAUAAUGGCAUUUGACAUCCUUCUGUCUGACACGCCAUCUCUCUGGGACCUUAUCCUUCUUCGCCUUGUCUGCUUCUUUGCCGCAACUCCAUUUUCUAGUUUCGUUACAAUCGCAGAGUAUAGGAAUCAGUUACUUGCCGCCGGGUAUGAUAGGAACAAGAUUGAGAUCCGAGAUAUAUCUGAUCACGUCUUUGCCGGGAUGGCAUCUUUCAUAGAAAGGCGAGACGGAGAACUGAAAAAUACUGGCAUGACUAUUGGGAGGUACAGAGCGGCUGGAAAGGUGUUCAAAUGGUGGGCUCGCAGUGGUAUUGUCAGAGGGUGCAUUGUUGUAGCUAGAAGAUAA